ACACGAUUGCGAUUUUAGGUCACCACCUCCGAAGUUCGGCAUCUGUCGGCUAUAUGUACUAUAUUACACAGGUACGCCACAUUAUACAUACUACUAAGCUGCCGCUUCAUACUACAGCAAACAUAUAACUGACAAUUUUUUUUUCACCAUGUCGUCGCCUCCUACCGUGCUUUUAAUUGGGAACUUGGCCCAUACAAACGAAGAAUGGAAGUCCCUCAGUAGCAAGUACACACUCCUCGAGUUCCGCAAGGGAACGCGAGAGCAGUUUCUUCAGAACUGCCGAAAUGGAACUUAUGCCGCGGUUAGCGGAUGCUAUCGGUCUAACGUCUCUACCGCAAUAACGGGGCCAUUCAACCAUGAGCUCGUUGCGGCGCUACCGGCAUCUUGGAAGUUCAUCGCGCACAACGGCGCGGGUUACGAUAAUAUUGAUGUGGCGGCGUGCAGCGAGCGCAAGAUCGCCGUAUCCUCCACUCCCGUGGCCGUCGACGAUGCUACCGCUGACGUCGGCAUAUUCCUUAUGUUGGGUGCUUUGCGAUAUGCGCACGAGCCGUUGAUUGCGCUACGCCAGGGCCGCUGGAAGGGGAGGGUGCAGCUAGGCCACGACCCUCGCGGCAAGUCGCUUGGAAUCCUAGGGAUGGGGGGGAUUGGACGGGCAAUGGCAGACCGUGCGCGCAGUUUCGGGAUGAAUAUCAUUUAUCACAACCGACGGCAGCUGGAUCCGUCUCUGGAGAAAGGAGCCAAAUACGUGUCAUUUGACGAGUUACUGGCUCAGUCAGACGUGCUAUCCCUUAACCUAGCUCUGAACGAAAGCACCCGACACAUAAUCUCAGCACCGGAACUGGCCAAGACGAAAAAGGGUGUCGUAAUUGUAAAUACGGCGCGUGGAGCGUUGAUCAAUGAGGCCGACCUGGUGGCUGCGCUAGAGUCGGAACACGUCUCGGCAGUAGGUCUCGAUGUAUAUGAGAACGAACCAGAGAUCCAUCCUGGAUUGGUGAAGAACGACCGAGCGUUUUUGCUCCCUCAUCUUGGGACAACUACCGUCGAGACUCAGCGAGAGAUGGAACUUCUUGUUUUGAGAAACCUGCAAGCGGUUGUUGACGAAGGGAAGAUACUGACUUUGGUAGGCGAACAAAAGGGGUUGGAUUGGGUGCCUAAGGAGGCAGAUUUAUGAUUACCUUAGGUAGACGUUGAUGCACUACAUAUGUUGAUGUAGGAUCUAGGUUAGAAGACUUAAGACUGAAGAUUGAAGACUGAAGACUAUAAGAUAAAUAUAGAUAAUUGCAUCAUA